UUUCGUUAACCUCGGCUCACUCCUCGCUUCGCUUCCCCGUCGGCUCACUCCUCGCUUCGCUUCCCCGCCGCGUUCGCAUCUCGUCUCGCUUCGCGGAGCGCAAUGGCCGCCCUGCUCCGCUCGCUCUCCCGCACCUCCGGCCUCCGCGGCUGCGCGAGCUCGUUCUACCACCGCAACCCGUACUCGCCCUUCUCCGCCGCGGCGGAAGCGGUCGCGCGGGAUGCGGCGGUGGGGAGGGGGCUCGCGGGGCUGGGGCCGACGGCCAAGGGGGAGAAGCCGCGGGUGGUGGUGCUCGGGACGGGCUGGGCGGGGUCGCGGCUCAUGAAGGACCUCGACACCACCGGGUACGACGUCGUCUGCGUCUCCCCGCGCAACCACAUGGUGUUCACGCCGCUGCUCGCCUCCACCUGCGUCGGCACGCUCGAGUUCCGCUCCGUCGCCGAGCCGCUUGCGCGCAUCCAGCCCGCGGUCUCCAACUCCCCCGGCUCCUACUUCCUCCUCGCCCGCUGCACGGGGGUUGACCCCGACGCCCACACGAUUGAGUGUGAGACAGUUACUGAAGGUGAGAAAGAUACCUUGAAGCCAUGGAAAUUCAAGGUUGCGUAUGACAAACUGGUCUUUGGGUGUGGAGCUGAGGCAUCAACUUUCGGGAUUCAUGGCGUCACUGAACAUGCAACCUUUCUUCGGGAAGUUUACCAUGCCCAAGAGAUUCGCAGAAAGCUCCUUCUUAAUCUCAUGCUUUCUGAUGUACCUGGAAUAUCAGAGGAAGAAAAACGCAGGCUAUUGCACUGUGUCGUUGUUGGAGGUGGUCCAACAGGGGUUGAAUUUAGUGGUGAACUUAGUGAUUUCAUCAUCAGAGAUGUGAAACAACGUUACUCACAUGUGAAAGAUUAUGUCCAUGUGACCCUGAUUGAGGCAAAUGAAAUAUUGUCAUCCUUCGAUGUUCGUCUCAGACAAUAUGCUAUAAACCAGCUAGUGAAGUCAGGUGUUAGGCUUGUAAGAGGCAUUGUGAAGGAUGUGCUGCCUGACAAAUUAAUCCUAGACAAUGGAGAGGAGGUUCCUUAUGGUUUGCUGGUAUGGUCUACUGGAGUUGGUGCUUCAUCAUUCGUUAAGUCGUUGCCAUUUCCUAAGUCACCAGGUGGAAGGAUUGGUGUAGAUGAGUGGUUACGUGUUCCUUCUGCUCCAGAUGUGUUCGCAAUUGGUGAUUGCAGUGGAUUCCUUGAAAGCACAGGCAAGGAAGUUCUCCCAGCUUUAGCUCAGGUUGCUGAACGACAAGGCAAGUACCUCGCUAGCCUGCUCAACCAUGUGAUGAAAGUUGGAGGAGGGCAUGCAAACUCAGUGGUCGAAAUGGAUCUAGGUCCAAAGUUUGUGUAUAAGCAUAUGGGGAGUAUGGCAACUGUUGGAAGGUACAAAGCUCUAGUCGACCUGAGGCAAAGCAAGGACUCGAGAGGGGUGUCAAUUGCAGGAUUUGCAAGCUGGUUUAUAUGGCGCUCUGCAUACCUGACUCGUGUUGUCAGCUGGAGGAAUAGGUUCUACGUGGCUAUCAAUUGGCUGACCACGCUGUUAUUUGGCCGUGACAUAAGCCGUAUCUAGGGCAUCUAUAUGUAGAUCUCUACACUCUGGACUGCACGACUUCGAUACAGUACACAUGCCACGAUCACAAAAAGAAACAUAGGUCAUGGUCAUUUUGUUCCUUCUUUUUUCUCUCCUGCUCCUCUCUUUUAUCCCUUUUCAGACUUGUGAGUUCCAAAUGUACAUCUUCGUUUUCUUGUAAAUUCUGAAUAAAUCAGAUGCUAUUUGAGGGUACUCCUGCUCGGGAUUUAUGCAACUGUAGUUUCUUGCUCA